AUGAUCACUACCAUGAACAACAAAGGGGCUUCGUUGAAAGGUGUGCUGCUGGUGUUUCUGCUGAUAUCAAACAUGUUCCUGACAAAGAAAAGUGUGACUUCUUUGCCCAUCUGCCCCAGUGGCUCUGUCAACUGUCAGGUAUCCCUUGGGGAACUUUUUGACCGUGCAGUUAAACUUUCACACUACAUCCACUUCCUCUCAUCAGAAAUGUUCAAUGAAUUUGAUGAACGCUAUGCUCAGGGCCGGGGGUUUAUUACAAAGGCUGUUAAUGGCUGCCACACCGCUUCCCUAACCACUCCUGAGGACAAGGAGCAAGCUCAGCAGAUUCAUCAUGAAGAUCUACUGAAUUUAGUGCUGGGAGUACUGCGCUCCUGGAAUGACCCUCUGCUCCACCUGGUAACUGAAGUGCAAAGAAUCAAAGAAGCUCCAAACACCAUCCUCUGGAAAGCAGCAGAGAUUGAGGAGCAAAACAAGCGUCUUCUGGAAGGAAUGGAAAAAAUAGUUGGACGGGUUCAACCUGGUGACACAGGAAAUGAAGUCUACUCAAGGUGGUCAGGGCUACCAUCCCUGCAACUGGCUGAUGAAGACUCCCGCCUCUUUGCCUUUUACAACCUGCUGCACUGCCUCCGAAGAGAUUCCCAUAAAAUUGACAACUACCUGAAGCUCCUGAAGUGUCGCCUUAUCCAUGACAGUAACUGCUAA